AUUAAUGGCCAAAGGUUUGGUGAAAGGUUUGCUUAUAAUAACUCAGGAGAAACAUUUGACUUUUCUGAGAAUCCUGUUUGCUCAAACUGAUACAGCCAAGGAGUCGGCUUAACGCUUGGCAGCUGUGUCCAGAAUGUCUUGUGUUCUUUUCCUGGGCGCGUUAUUCUGUCAUUCUGUCAUUCUGAGCGAUGUCAUUCUUAAUUGCAAUUUUAUUUCAUUUUCAGUCGUCGCCAAAAUCCUGUAUUUAAAUAGUGAAUAGGACUCAAAUGUCUUUGGACUCCUGACUCAACUAACUUCGCAGGCACGAAAAACGAUAACGAGAUCUGAUUCACAGAGGAGAAAACAGGGCAACGACGACCUACGAUUUUUCGACUUAUUCCCUUCUACCUCCCAAAACUAAAUUUCCAAUCAUGGCUCGAAAUGCUCAGAGACGUAAAGAAAAGACAACCAGCACUUCAACGGCACCAAAGGAGGACAUUGAAAUGGCUACUUCACCGCAGGUACAGGGUCAUAUUGCAGAAGUUUCAGUCGAAACAAGCACCGGGACUUCGACGACCGCACAUCACAACUUAUCGGAAACUCUACACCACAUGCUACCUAUGCAUAGAGUCAAUCAUAAGGGUUACAAAGUUACAAAGGGCAUUCAACCUGAUGGAGAAAGUGGUAGACGCGGCAUACACCCAUUUCAUUUCUUCAGGAUAUGCUGGAAGUCAACCAGCGAUGCUUCUCGACUUGUUAAUAUUCUGUGGCCGGUUGUGCCAGCAGCCCUUGCUGUUCGAUAUGCUAGACCGGAACUUAAUCUGGCGAUUUUCAUACUCAAUUACAUUGCCAUGGUACCUUGCGCGAAUUUAAUUGGAUUUGCUGGACAGGAAUUGGCAAGGAAACUACCAAAGGUGUUUGGUAUCUUGUUAGAAACUACACUUGGAAGCAUUGUUGAGAUGAUUCUCUUUAUCGUCCUUUUAACCAGGUUAGAAAAUAUUAUUCGUUUUAUACUUUCAUGCACUAACCCAACGUAUCAGAAAUGAAUAUAGUGUCAUUCAAGCUGCGAUUCUAGGCUCAAUGCUGGCUACAUUGCUAUUGUGUUUGGGGAUGUGCUUUUUUGUUGGUGGCUUGACACGAGACGGUAGGCACAGUAGCUUGUUAUCCUAUGGUUCCCUAGCUGAAUUACAUUUUAGAGCAAGAGUUCGACGAAGCUGUUAGUGAAGUUGGCAGUGGACUGUUGUUGACCGCGUAAGAAGAUAUUUCAUGCAUAGUCCGCUUUCACUAACUUUAUAACAGUGGACUUGGCCUCAUCAUUCCCUCGGCAUUUGCAACAGCAUUGGAGUUGAAAAAUACCACGGCUCUUAGCGAAGAAAUUAUUGCGGAAAAGGUCCUCAAUAUAUCUCGCAUCACUUCUGUACUUCUUAUAAUUGCUUAUGGCACCUACGUCUUCUUUCAGAUGCGGACUCAUCAUAGCAUCUAUGAUGCUAUCCUAGAAGCGGAUGAACAAAAGGACGAGGAUCGCCACGAGGAUUUGGAGAAAGACAAGCUUACAUUCACUGAGUGUAUCAUCGCUCUCUCAAUUUCGAUUGCUUUAGUGACUCUCAUUGCUAUCAGUUUGGUUGAACAGAUUCCCCAUAUUGUGGCAGAUCGUGGGAUUUCUGAUGCGUUUAUGGGCCUUAUUCUUGUUCCUCUAGUUGAAAAGGCUGCCGAGCAUCUUUCGGCGGUAGACGAGGCUUAUGACAAUCAGAUGAACUUUGCGUUAUCUCAUGUACUAGGGGCAACGAUUCAAACGGCAUUAUUCAACGGCCCUCUGGUUGUCAUCAUUUCCUGGGGUUUAAAUAAGAAAUUGGAUCUUAACUUUGAGAUGUUUGAUAUUGUUGUUUUGAUCCUAGCUAUUCUGGUUGUAGGAAAUUUCUUACGGGACCAAAAGAGUAAUUAUCUAGAGGGUGCUCUAUGUGUGAUUGUCUAUAUAAUCAUUGCAGUAGCGGCUUUCUUCUAUCGUGAGUAUAUUCUUUGCUUGUGGAGAUUUUCGAGGAACCAUUAUAUUUCAGAUAAGCUAAUGUUCGUAUUUUAGCAAACCCAGAAGAGCAUACCGUUGGCGGCGAGACGACUGAUGCUAUUCAUGCUGUUCGUGCUCUUUUUUGAUGUGAUCAUGGGAAAAGUUUGAUGGCGAGGCGUUCGGAAUAUUAAUUUGGGCUAAACACGCACGAGAGGUUUUUUGAUACGUACCACUAUACCAUCAUGUACAGUUUUUAGAAUGUAGCUUUCGAUGUAAAAUCUAUGCAUAGUUUACACCGCUUGAUCGUUCUCUG